GUUUGUGCUGGCCCUCCGUCUUCUUAGUCUUUUCUUUCCGGCUUUCGUUUAACAACUCUCCAUAUACUUCCAAGAUGGUUAACUUCACUGUUGAACAAAUCAGAGACUUGAUGGACCGUGUUACCAAUGUGCGUAACAUGUCCGUCAUUGCGCACGUCGAUCACGGUAAAUCUACCUUGACUGACUCCUUGGUCCAAAGAGCCGGUAUCAUUUCCGCUGCCAAGGCCGGUGAAGCCAGAUUCACUGAUACCAGAAAGGAUGAACAAGAAAGAGGUAUCACCAUCAAGUCCACUGCCAUUUCUCUUUACUCCGAGAUGGCUGACGAUGACUGUAAGGAAAUCAAGCAAAAGACCGAAGGUAACAAGUUCUUGAUCAACUUGAUCGACUCCCCAGGUCACGUUGAUUUCUCUUCCGAAGUCACUGCUGCUUUGAGAGUUACCGAUGGUGCUAUGGUUGUUGUUGAUACCAUUGAAGGUGUCUGUGUCCAAACCGAAACCGUUUUGAGACAAGCCUUGGGUGAAAGAAUUAAGCCAGUCUUGGUUAUCAACAAGGUCGACAGAGCUAUGUUGGAAUUGCAAAUUACCAAGGAAGACUUGUACCAAACCUUCUCCAGAACCGUUGAAUCCGUUAACGUCGUUAUCGCCACCUACAUUGACAAGGUUCUUGGUGACUGUCAAGUCUACCCAGAAAGAGGUACCGUUGCUUUCGGUUCCGGUUUGCACGGUUGGGCUUUCACCGUCAGACAAUUCGCUACUAGAUACUCCAAGAAAUUCGGUGUUGACAGAGAGAAGAUGAUGCAAAGAUUAUGGGGUGACUCUUUCUUCAACCCAAAGACCAAGAAGUGGUCCAACAAGGACAAGGACGCCUCUGGUGCUCAAUUGGAGAGAGCUUUCAACAUGUUCGUCUUGGACCCAAUCUUCAGAUUAAUCAACUCCAUCAUGAACUUCAAGAAGGAUGAAAUCAACACCUUGUUAGAUAAAUUAGAAAUCAACUUGAAGAGUGAAGAAAGAGAAUUAGAAGGUAAGGCUUUGAUGAAGGUUGUCAUGAGAAAGUUCUUGCCAGCUGCUGAUGCCAUGUUGGAAAUGAUUGUCAUUCACUUGCCAUCCCCAGUCACUGCUCAAAACUACAGAGCCGACCAAUUAUACGAAGGUCCAUCUGAUGAUGAACACUGUAUGGCCAUUAAGAACUGUGAUCCAAAGGCUGAGUUGAUGUUGUACGUCUCCAAGAUGGUCCCAACCUCUGAUAAGGGUAGAUUCUACGCUUUCGGUAGAGUUUUCGCUGGUACUGUCAAGUCCGGUCAAAAGGUCAGAAUCCAAGGUCCAAACUAUACCGUUGGUAAGAAGGAAGACUUGUUCAUCAAGGCUAUCCAAAGAACCGUUUUGAUGAUGGGAAGAACCGUCGAACAAAUUGACGACUGUCCAGCUGGUAACAUUAUCGGUUUAGUCGGUAUCGAUCAAUUCUUAUUGAAAUCCGGUACUUUGACCACCUCCGACACCGCCCACAACAUGAAGGUUAUGAAGUUCUCUGUCUCUCCAGUUGUCCAAGUCGCUGUUGAAGUUAAGAACGGUAACGAUUUACCUAAGUUAGUUGAAGGUUUGAAGAGAUUGUCCAAGUCUGACCCAUGUGUCUUGACUUACAUGUCUCCAUCCGGUGAACAUAUUGUUGCUGCCACUGGUGAAUUACAUUUGGAAAUUUGCUUGGGUGACUUGCAAAACGAUCACGCUGGUGUUCCAUUGAAGAUCUCCCCACCAGUUGUCUCUUACAGAGAAACUGUUGAAUCCGAAUCUAGAAUCGUCGCAUUAUCCAAAUCUCCAAACAAGCAUAACAGAAUCUACUUGAAGGCUACUCCAAUGGAAGAAGAAUGUAGUUUGGCUAUUGAAAACGGUGUCAUUGACCCAAGAGCUGAUGUUAAGGUCAGAGCUAGAUUAAUGGCUGAUGAAUACGGUUGGGACGUCACCGAAGCCAGAAAGAUCUGGUGUUUCGGUCCAGAUGGUACAGGUGCUAACGUCGUUGUCGACGAAACCAAGGCUGUCCAAUACUUGAAUGAAAUCAAGGAUCACGUUAACUCCGGUUUCCAAUGGGCUUCCAAGGAAGGUCCACUUCUUGGUGAAUCCUUGAGAGGUGUCAGAUUCAACAUUAUGGAUGUCACUUUACACGCGGAUGCUAUCCACAGAGGUGCUGGUCAAAUCAUGCCAACCAUGAGAAGAGUUACCUUUGCUUCCAUGUUGUUAGCUGAACCAAGAAUUCAAGAACCAAUCUUCUUGAUUGAAAUUCAAUGUCCAGAAUCCGCUAUCGGUGGUAUUUACUCCGUCUUGAACAGAAAGAGAGGUCAAGUUAUCUCUGAAGAACAAAGACCAGGUACCCCAUUGUUCACUGUUAAGGCUUACAUGCCAGUUAACGAAUCUUUCGGUUUCACUGGUGAGUUAAGACAAGCUACCGGUGGUCAAGCUUUCCCACAAAUGAUCUUCGAUCACUGGGAGUCCAUGGGUGGUGACCCAACUGAUCCAUCUACCAAACCAGGUGCUAUUGUCCUCGAAUCCAGAAAGAAGAGAGGUCUCAAAGAAAACGUCCCAGGUUACGAAGAAUAUUACGACAAGUUAUAAGGAGCUUGAAAUUUACUUUUCUUUUCUCUUCUAUUAUAAUUUUUUGUUUUUAUUUUUCACGUUUGUUUAACCACUGUCUAUUUUGUAUUUCUGUUUAUACUUAAUUAAAGUGAGGCUUAGUCUAUCAACCAUUCAAGCAGCCAGU